CCAAAUUCCAAACUCCACCCGCGUUAUUCCUUAUCACACCUCAAUUAACAUAAUUCCUUCCUUUCCUUUCAAGUUUCAACUCCAGCAACCCCUUCUUCAAUCCAUCAUACCACUCUCUACUUUUUCCCCAAUCCUUACAAUUUCUCUACUUCAUGUUAAUUCUCAGCUAUGGAUGCACUUUCUUCUGCUAAUCGACACGCAAAAGCUCAGGCGCAGUUGAGGAUGCACUCCCACCAAGAAACCCAAAACGACGCUCACAUUCCUAGCCCCUUUGGCCAAUUGGCUGUUGAAUUCACGGAUUCCGAGCUCCGGGAAACCGCCUACGAGAUCGUUGUCGGGGCUUGCCGGAGCUCCGCCUCGGGUCGCCCGUUGAAAUUCGUGUCCAAUUCCGAGAGGUCGGACUCCACGUCCUCGUCUUCUUCGCAGUCGUUGCAGAAGUCGUCGUCGGCGAGCAAGGUGAAGAAGGCGCUUGGGUUUAAGUCGAAGAAGAAGAACCGUUCCGAUUCGGCGGUGGCGGCGGAUCAGACUCAGAACUCAGCAAGUCGAAAACGAGCCUCUACCGUUGGGGAGCUGAUGAGGGUUCAGAUGAAUGUUUCGGAGCAAACCGAUUCCAGGGUCCGACGAGGGUUGUUGAGAGUAGCUGCCGGACAGCUUGGAAGGCGUAUUGAGUCGUACAUUCUGCCCUUGGAGCUAUUACAACAGCUCAAGCUUUCUGAUUUUUCAAGUCAGCAAGAUUAUGAAGCAUGGCAGAGAAGGAACUUAAAGGUACUUGAAGCGGGAUUACUCUUUCAUCCAUCAUUGCCACUACAUGAGACAGACACACAGUUUCAACAGCUUAGGGGAAUUAUACGUGGGGCUUUGGUGAAACCCAUAGAUACUGGGAAAUACAGUGAUUCAAUGCAAGCACUCCGGAAUGUUGCAUCAUCGCUUGCCUGCAGGUCUUUUGAUGGGUCUGUUUCUCAGGUAUACCAUUGGGCAGAUGGAAUCCCAUUUAAUCUCCGACUCUAUGAAAUACUUCUCAAAGCUUGCUUUGAUGUUGAUGAUGCAACAUCCAUGAUUGAAGAAGUUGAUGAGGUCUUAGAAAUCAUUAAGAAGACCUGGGGAGUUCUUGGAAUAAAUCAAAUGUUGCAUAACAUUUGUUUUUUAUGGGUCCUGUUCCAUCAUUAUGUUUUUAUUGGCCAAGAUGAAAAUGACCUGCUCUUUGCUGCUGAGAAUCUCUUGUUAGAAGUACAAAAGGAUGGAAAGACAACAAAGGAUCCAACUUACUCCAAGAUUUUGAGUUCUAUACUCGGUUUGAUCUUAGGUUGGGCUGAAAAAAGGCUUCUAGCUUAUCACAAUAGCUAUUACAGGAGCAAUAUUGACAUCAUGCAAAGUGUGUUGUCUAUUGCAAUAUCAGCAGCCAAAAUAUUAGCGGAAGACAUGUCGCAUGAGUAUAGUAACAAGAGGAGAGAAGUUGAUGUUGCAUACAACAGAGUUGAUAGUUACAUCAGGUCAUCAUUGCAUAACGCUUUCACUCAGGAAAAUGAGAAAUUGAUCUCAUGCAGGAGGUCUUCUAAGAAUCAGCGGAAUUCUCUCCCAAUCCUUUCCAUUCUUGCACAAAAUAUUAGUGAUCUGGCUUUUAAUGAGAAAGAAAUAUACAGUCCAGUUCUAAAGAGAUGGCACCCUCUUGCAACUGGUGUAGCUGUGGCUACUCUUCAUGCAUGCUAUGGUGAUGAGCUGAAGAAGUUUGUUUCCAGCAUCAAUGAAUUGACACCAGAUGCUGUACAGGUGCUUAUAGCGGCUGACAAGUUAGAAAAAAAUCUUGUAAAGAUGGCAGUUGCAGAUGCUGUAGAAAGUGAUGAUGGAGGGAAGGCAUUAAUUCAAGAAAUGAUUCCAUUCGAGGCAGAAGCUGUAAUUGUAAACUUGGUAAAAUCGUGGAUAAGAACAAGGGUAGACAGACUAAAAGAAUGGGUUGAGAGAAAUCUGCAACAAGAGAUUUGGAAUCCUCGUGCAAAUAAAGAGCGAGUUGCUCCCUCUGGUGUGGAGGCUUUGCGUGUCAUAGAUGAGACUUUGGAAGCAUUCUUUUUGUUGCCAAUUCCAAUGCAUCCUGCUUUGCUUCCUGAGUUACUGAGUGGUCUUGAUAGAUGCCUUCAAAACUACAUAUUCAACAUUAAAUCUGGCUGUGGUUCUCAAAGUGAUUUCAUCCCAAAAAUACCUUCUUUGACUAGAUGCGCCACUGGAAAAAUAUUUGGUGUAUUCAAGAAGAAAGAAAGGACAAAUAUGGUUGUGCUAAAAAAUUCUCACUCUGGGACUCUGGAUGGUAAUGAUGCCUUUGGUUUACCACAGUUAUGUGUUCGCAUUAACACUUUGCAUCACAUUCGUAAGCAACUGGAGGUACUGGAAAAGAGGACUAUUGCGCAACUGAGAGAUAGUGGAUGUGUUCAUAAUGAUAAUAUGACCAUUGGAUUAGGGAAAAGUUUUGAGCUUUCAGCAUCUGCUUGUAUCGAGGGAAUUAAGCAGCUUUCUGAAACAAUUGCAUACAAAGUUGUGUUUCAUGAUCUAAGCCAUGUGUUUUGGGAUUUCCUCUAUGUGGGCAAUGUUUCAUCAUCUCGUACUGAACCAUUCCUUCAGGAGCUGGAAAAAAACUUAGAGAUCAUAUCAUCAACCGUUCAUGACAGGGUGCGGACCCGUGUAAUUACUGAUGUAAUGAAAGCUUCUUUUGAGGGGUUGUCGAUGAUUUUGCUUGCUGGAGGUCCUUUUCGUGCUUUCACUAUUCCAGAUGCUGCAAUAAUUGAUGAGGAUUUCAAGUUUCUAAUGGAUUUAUUUUGGUCCGACGGGGAUGGCCUUCCAUCUGAUCUAAUAGAUAAAUAUUCAGUCAACUUAAAAGGCAUUCUUCAACUUCUUCAUACAGACACUGAGAAUCUCAUUACACAAUUUCAGCGUGUGAUGGAAGAGAAUUAUGGUGCCUCGGGUAAAUCCAUGCCAUUGCCUCCUACAUCAGGCCGCUGGAGUCCAAGUGAACCAAACACAAUUCUGCGUGUUUUGUGUUAUCGAAAUGACAAAGUUGCAACGAAGUUCAUUAAAAAGCACUACAACUUGCCAAAGAAACUCUAACCAUAUUCAGGUGACGCCCGAAACUUGUACACAUAUACUCUGCCUAUAUUUAAAAGGUAUCGCUUUCUUGCGCGUGUAUAGAAUAUUUGCUGAAAUUCUUUGCCUAAAGACCCCAAGAAAACCCCACUGGAGAACUGAGAAUCACUUUGGCGAGGCCUUGAGUAGUACACCUCCCACUGUAGCCACAGGCAAAACUGUAAAUUUACAGAGUUGGAUUAUUCAAUUACUGUAGUUCUUUUGAACUUAGUACCAUAGGUUACACAAGAUAGUGUCAUGAGAUAUGGAGCAUGCCCUUUUGUUGUUUUUAUGUAUUUUUUUUUUUUUAAAUGUGUUAUAAAGGGUUUGUAGGUAAUUGGCAAA